UGUACAUUAGUUCUGGUUAAUGACAUGGGUGAUGUCAGAGGAAUAGGGUCAGGGAUAAAUCUGACCGUUUCCAAAGCUCUUCUUCAUUCAGUGCCUCCUUUUACCAGAGAAUGGGGCGGCAGGCACUUCCGAUCCAGAUCUUCUACCCGAUUCUUGCAGUGAUUGGAGUACCCGUCAACCUGUUGUCCUUCCUGAUCCUGCUCCAAGGGAAGUGUGGUCUCUCCAAAGAGACAACCUGCUACAUGAUGGCCAUGACAGUGGGAGAUCUCAUGGUGCUGGUUUUCAACGUGACAGUCAGCCAGAUCGUUCGGUAUCAUUCCCCGGACUCGCUACUCAAGUACACUCCCGUGUGCCGGGCCAGCGCCUUCCUACAGGGCUUCAGCCUACAACUCACCUCCUGGUUCACCGUGUCUUUCACCUUUGACCGCUUUGUGGCCAUUUGCUGUGGGGAGCUCAGGCUGAGAUAUUGCACUGAGAGGACAGCCGCUGUGGUCCUGACAGCCGUCUCCCUGAUCAGCUUAUUAACCAACAUCCCUCUGCCUUUCCGCUACGAGCCCUGCUUCACUGUUAACCGUGUCCAGUAUGGUUGCUGCACCAUGGUGGGGUAUCUCGCUUCACCGGUGUGGGCAGCUCACCGUUGGGUCACCACGCUCUCAACCACGUUCCUCCCCAUCCCUGCCCUCUUGCUGCUGAACUCGCUGACUGCCAGGCACAUCCUCGUGGCCAGCAGGGCUCGCAGAGCCCUGAGGAUCAGUCGCUGCGGAGACCCCAACGGCGACCCCGAGAUCAAAAGUCGGAGGACAUCCAUCAUCCUGCUCUUUGCCAUCUCGGGAAGCUUCGCCGCUAUGUCGGCUCCCAUCAGCGUGAUCCACGCCUGGGUCGGUGUCACCGAGACCGUCACCUUUAAAGGGUCCAGCUCGCUGUAUUUGGCCGUACAAAUUACAUUCCUGCUGAGGUGCACCGGUUCCUGCACAAACACCUGUGUUUAUGCUUUGACCCAGAGCAGAUUCAGAGCGCAGAUGAAAGCCGUGGUGAAAUCCCCCUUCGUUCCUCUUAUUAAACAAUUUACACAGUGACAUGAUCGUCACUGCCAAGUGUUUGCCUUGGUUCAAUG